AGCACUUCUUUCCCUCUUGCAUCUGGUUUUAUCUGUUUAGAUGGUCUGGUCUGGUUUGAUCUGAUCUGUCUGAACUGGUAUAGUAAACGUCUAGUCUCUGUGUAUUUUAUAAUUACAAAAGUCAGGUCUGGUCUGUCUGAUCUGGUCAGGUUUGGUCUGGGGCUGAAAAACAGUCCAAAAGAAAAUAUCUCAAAUAAAUUAAUAAAGGUGAGAUAUAUUAAAAUAAGGAGAGAGAGUUUUAAAAUUAAAAUGUGACCUAGGUCACCAUAGUGGGGAGAAAUUGUGAUAGGUUAAAGAGGAUUAAGUUUUUGGAGAAAAGUGAUGUGGAAGAGAGAGAUUGGGGUCAAAAUCCACCACCAUUGUGGAUGCUCUAAUAAAUAUUGGAACGAAAGAAACUGGAAAAAAAACCAAAUAAUAGUCCUGUCCGAUUCUGGCUCUUGUUCCAAAGUGCCAGCCCCGCACGAAGCUAGGCGAGUUUCCCCAAAGGCCAAGAGGGUAAAAAUUUAAAACGGGGACAUCCAAUUAAAAGGGUGCAACGGAGUUGCAGAGUGUCAGUUAGAAAAUCGCUAUGGCGAUGGAGGUCGAAAUGGUCCAGCCGGGGUUUCCUUUUUGGAGUCCUUCUCGCAGGCGGUACCUUCCAGAUGAUCCUUUCUUCGCUGCUGGUAACAUUGAAAGACAACUUCUGGCCAAACAGGUAGCAUUGGAUUUCAGCAGAAAAGAGGAGCAGGUGAACGGAUAUAUAGAUGAUGGAGUAAACAGUGAUGUCCUAUGCCCAAUCAUUGGGUGUGGUUCACGGUUGAGGUGUUUGGAUGACUUUGAAGAUCACUACAUUUCACGGCACUCUGCAUCUUGCUCAGUCUGCUCAAGAGUUUACCCCACAUCACGUCUGCUAAGUAUACAUAUAUCUGAAACUCAUGAUUCGUUCUUCCAGGCAAAAGUUGCUCGUGGGUUUGCUAUGUAUGAAUGUCUAGUGGAAGGCUGUGGUGCUAAGCUGAAUAGCUACAAGUUCCGGCAACAGCACCUGGUUGACAAGCAUAAAUUCCCGGCUUCAUAUGAGUUUUUAAAAAAAGCACAUCCCUCACAGAAGAAAAGGAGACACAAAGACCAACGACGGCGGCAGGAAUCAUCCUACAAGGACACAUCAAAACAGCAUGAGUCAAGCGUGGAGGACAAGACAAUGGACAAACUCGUUUCAGCAGUCUCAAAAUUAAGCACUUCCGACUCUCCUUCAUCUAUUAGCUUUGGUCGUAUUAAAAGUCGUGGCCUGACUUUCGUGCCUAGAGCAGUUAUUCAGCAUGAGAGAAAACCAGCUUCCUCUUAGUAGAAGGAAAGUAACAAGCUGAGUUGUUUCCAUUGUAUGAAGUCAAUCUGUGCAGUGUCUGUUGAGUGUGCGACUAACAUUCAUGCAUUUUGAAGAAAGUAAAAAGAAAACAGAUUUUGCUGGAAGAUUCCUUGUCAUUCUCUGUUUGUAUAUCUUCUCACAACACAGUUUUGUUAUGAAUUUGUUUCAAUGUUUGUAAGCAUGAAUGAGGGUAAUGACACAUAUGGAAUAUUACAAUUUUUUGUGUAACACCUAAGCUUAAAUGAGUUGUAUAGUGUGGUCACUGGUCAGUCUAAUGUACCAUAAUGUUGUGUAAAACAACUUUGGUUUUAUGUUGAAAACAAUUACGGUUAUCU